AUGGGAGAGGCUAGAGAGGAUGCAGGUACAAAGCGCUGUUUGGAGCAUGACACUUGGUAUCGUCGACCGCAUGUUUUGAGAGAUGCCUACAAACGAGUGGGCAUGAAAGACCAAGCCUUGGCUGCGCUCACGCACAUCUUGGUCCGCUGCACGGACUACCGCUACGACGUCUUGGAGGUCUUCAGCGUCGGCGAGGUCUGCUCGUGGCCACUUUAUGUGGCGAUGCCGGACCUGAGGCAGGAGUUUGUGACAUCGCCAGCUGAGGCAGAAUGUGCGACCAAGCUUUCUUGGCGAAAUGCUGAGCCUUGUUUUGCAAAGAACGGGUUGAACCUUGGGGCCUUCACACUCUACGUGGAGACCUUCCUGGCGGACUACGACCCGUUGACAAAGGACCAGCAAGUUCUCCACCUGGAAAUCGUGGAGAUGCAGAGCCACACAUCUAACAACUUCAGCAUCUAUCUUCUGGUUGCGACAAACUUCAAGGUUUUCCUCCUUGAGCCCAACCCUGAGAAGCCUGCAUAUGCAGCGGAGAUCGGCGAGCGCUGGGAUCCGAACUGGGAGACGCUCUUUCCCCGGCAGCCACUGGUCGUCUGGGAGCGCGAGUAUUCGAGCUUGGUACGGAUCUGGCGAUGCUACGGCUCGCAGAUUUUGGCAGUUGAGUGGCAAGGAGCCGGCAAGCGACUAUCCGAUGCUGAAGAAAGCUCCCCUGGCAGUGGGCAGGAAAUCCAGUACGAAGUCUACCUCUUUCACUUGGCGGAUUGUCGGGAUGUCAUGGCAGAUUGCCUUCGUGCCUACGCAGCUUCCAAGGAUGUGAAGGGCGAGGGCCCCCCGGUCUUGACCGACCCAAGCUUCCGCAACAUCGUCAUCGGGCAGACGAAGGAGGACUACGCCGACCCUUCGCGAACAGCACGGCGCACGCGACCGCGAUAA